GCACGUAGCAGCAUUCCCAGUCUUGGAUUGUGCAUGUCCAGCCCUUAAGGACAGGAGAUGUCCAACAGUACACCGGGACAUCUCAUUAGAAAGGACCUUCCUUCGCUCCCGACUGCACCGCCAACUCUUUCCUGCUGCCAUGAUGCAUCUUUUUAGGAAGUUGCUGCUAUGUUGGUGUCUCCUGUUGCUGAGCUGUCGGCCGACGCUCUCAGCCCACGACUUCUUCACCUCCAUUGGUCAGAUGACAGACCUGUUGUUCACCGAGAAGGACCUCGUCACGUCCCUCAAGGACUACAUCAAAGCUGAGGAGAGCAAGCUGGAGCGGGUCAAAAAGUGGGCUGAUAAGUUAGAAGCUCUGACGGCCACUGCGACACAAGACCCAGAGGGCUUCCUGGGCCACCCGGUCAACGCCUUCAAGCUAAUGAAGAGGCUGAACACUGAAUGGACCGACCUGGAAAGCCUCGUACUCAGUGACACCACAGAUGGUUUUAUUUCCAACCUGACCAUCCAGAGGCAGUACUUCCCCACGGAUGACGACCAGAUCGGGGCAGCUAAAGCUCUCCUCCGUUUGCAGGACACAUACAAAUUGGAUGCUAAUAGCAUCUCCACAGGAAACCUGCCUGGCGCCAAGCACAAGACUCUCAUGACUGCAGAGGAUUGUUAUGAGCUCGGAAAGAUUGCCUACACAGACGCUGACUACUACCACACCGAGCUGUGGAUGGCACAGGCCCUGAAACAACUCGACGAGGGAGAGGAGUCCACAGUGGAUAAAGUGACAGUACUGGACUACCUCAGCUACGCCAUCUACCAGCAGGGGGAGCUGGAGCGUGCCCUGGAGUACACCAAGAGGCUUCUUGAACUGGACCCAGAGCAUCAGCGGGCCAAAGGCAACGUGAAGUACUUUGAGUUCCAGCUGGAGAAACAAACAAAACAAGCCAAAGAAGACGCCACCAAACAGACAGAGCCUGAGAAGAAAGAGACACCAGAAAAGAAGCCAAAGGAGAAGAAAGAAAAGAAGGCCUUCAGUCUGAUCCCUGAGAGGAAGAAGUAUGAAAUGCUGUGUCGUGGAGAGGGCAUCAAAAUGAAUCCUCGUAGGGAGAGCCGACUCUUCUGCCGUUACUAUGACAACAACCGCAACCCCUUCUAUGUGCUGGGACCGGUCAAGCAGCAAGACGAGUGGGACCGCCCGUACAUCGUACGCUUCCUCAACAUCAUUUCUGAGAAAGAAAUUGAGAAGGUCAAACAGCUGGCAAAGCCAAGGCUACGCAGGGCCACCAUCUCCAACCCCGUCACGGGAGUACUGGAGACGGCAUCCUACAGGAUCAGUAAAAGCGCAUGGCUCACAGGCUACGAAGAUCCCGUCAUCGAAACCAUCAACCAGAGGAUCGAGGAUCUCACGGGCUUGGAAAUGGACACAGCAGAAGAACUGCAGGUUGCAAACUAUGGCGUCGGCGGUCAGUACGAGCCUCACUUUGACUUUGGAAGGAAAGACGAGCCGGAUGCCUUUAAAGAGCUGGGAACCGGCAACCGCAUAGCAACGUGGCUCUUCUACAUGAGUGACGUGUCAGCAGGGGGCGCCACAGUAUUCCCAGAUGUUGGAGCAUCAGUUAGGCCUCUAAAGGGUUCUGCUGUGUUCUGGUACAAUCUCUUUCCCAGUGGGGAGGGAGACUACAGCACGCGACAUGCAGCUUGCCCUGUCUUGGUGGGCAAUAAGUGGGUAUCAAACAAAUGGAUUCACGAACGAGGCCAGGAGUGGCGGAGGCCAUGCAGUCUAAAUGAGACUGACUGAUGAAAGCAAGAAACCACCCCACUACACUCCUCUCCCCUUCCUUCCUUGGCCGUGGGGCCAAAGAAGAACCCUGCGGCGGACACAUAAUGGAUGCUUGGGCUCCAAAUUGCUCACUUUCCUCCCUACCCCCCUCGUGCUCAAAACACUCCCGUUUUUCACCCCGCUGUUUGGAUUCACGUGGAGACCCCCGGACAGUGUUGGUGUCGCUGCAGAUAGUUCUUGGAGUUGGUCACAUGAUUUUGAGAAACACUUGUGCCUCUUUCACUCCCCUGUGUUUAUCAUUGCACUCUGUUUGACCUCUGGUUUUGUGGUUAUGCUAACUUAAGUAGAAGCAAGCACUCCACCCGCCAUCGCCCCCACUCAGAAGACGCCUAGAUCGUUCACUCCUACACACGUUCUUAACAUUUACAUUUUACACACCCAUGCCACUAACUCGAUGCACAUUAUGAGCAUUAGCUUCAUUGCUGCAUGCCUGCCCAAAUGUUUUUUGUGCAUUUUAAAGCAGGGAUCCCCAAAAUUUUUAAACCGACAAAUUUCCGUCAAACGAAAAAAAAAAGAGGUGCUCUCCAGACCUCAUUGUAAUAUAAUGCUAUUGUCAUGUUUUGGUCGGGGUCAAUGCAGGAGAACACUUACAGUCUUACAUAAUCAAUGCCACUGUGGAAAGCUGCCGAUUAGUUCUAUUUAACUUUAAUCCAGGCGGCACGGUGGUCUAGUGGUUAGCGCGCAGACCUCACAGCUAGGAGACCAGGGUUCAAUCCCACCCUCGGGCAUCUCUGUGUGGAGUUUGCAUGUUCUCCCCGUGCAUGCAUGGGUUUUCUCCGGGUACUCCGGUUUCCUCCCACAUUCCAAAAACAUGCUAGGUUAAUUAGCGACUCCAAAUUGUCCAUAGGUAUGAAUGUGAGUGUGAAUGGUUGUUUGUCUAUAUGUGUCCUGUGAUUGGUUGAUUGGCUGGCGACCAGUCCAGGGUGUACCCCGCCUUACGCCCGAAGACAGCUGGGAUAGGCUCCAGCACCCCGCGACCCUCGUGAGGAAAAAAGCGGUAGAAAAUGAAUGAAUGAAUGAACUUUAAUCCAAACAACCGAACAACAAGAACAACGAACUUGGCACAUUUGCGUUCAGAUGAUAAUGAUUAUUAUUAUUAUUUUUAAUUGCUUCCUGGCUAACCCCCUCCGACGGGCCGAUGGUGGUCUGGGAACCCUGUCUUUUAGCAUAGACACUCAUCUGCACACUCUAACCCACAUACAGAAACACAACAUUUGUUGUUUUAUGUCAAAUUUUUAAGUGGCCUUGGUGGUUGGUGCGUUUUUAAAUACCAAAUGACAAUUUUAUUUAUAUGACCCAAAUCUUUUUUUAUUGUUAUUGUUGUGUUUAUUAUGGCAGUCCUCAUUUUGUUAUUUUUUUUUUUUAAACUAUAUUAAAAGCUGUUUGGAUCAAAUGUGGUCUUGCAGUGUAUGAGUGAGUCAUGUGACCACGCCUACUGGUUAUGCUACUUCACACCAUUUUUUAAUGUUAUUGUUGUGCUUAUUAUGGCAGUGCACAUUAAAAGCUAUGUUGCCGUGC